AUGCUGAGGGCGGCGGCGCGGCUGCGGUUCGGGACCGGGGGGACCGGGGGGACCGGGGGGACCGGGCUCGGGCGGGGGGUCCGCGGGCGGGGCACCGGCACCGGCACCGGCCCGGGGGACGGGCCGCCCCCCGACAGCCGCAUCCACCCCGAGCUGCUCGCCUGCCUGGUCUGCCCGCUGUCCCGGCGCCGCCUCAGGUACGAGGAGUCCACCAAUCAGCUGAUCAAUGACGAACUAGGGAUAGCCUAUCCGAUCAUCGACGGCAUUCCCAACAUGAUCCCACAGGAGGCCAGGUUAAUUCGGAAAAGUGAAGACGGCAGCAAGGAGGAAGAAAGUUCCCAGCAGUGAAGGGGGUACCGGGGGGG